AAAUGCUACGUUUCUAAACAGGGUAUUUGAAAUAAAUUAAAGAGUAGCGUGUACGAGCUAUGGUUGGGUGACCUAAUCGUCCCAUCGUCGAUUUUGUUCUCCGAUCGAAGUUUCCUGUGAUGAGCUGUAGUAAUCUAGCAAUUCUCACCGAUGAAAUGAAGGAUUGACCAAAAGAUUGGGUAUAUAUGGCGGAUAAGAGGAAGAUCAAGACCGAAGCUAGCAGUAGCAGCAGUAACAUCAAUAAUGGUAGAGGCGAAAGCGUCGUCGUCGAUGUUGGUCGCCGGAGAAGCUCUUGCGGUUAUUGCAAAUCCGACUCCAACACCAGUAUUACUCACGGUUUAUGGGCACACAGUUUGACUGUUCAUGACUACCAAGCUCUUCUUGACAGAGGUUGGAGGAGAUCUGGCUGUUUCCUCUACAAGCCUGAGAUGGAAAAGACAUGUUGCCCCUCAUACACAAUUCGUUUGAAAGCAAGUGAUUUUGUUCCUUCCAAAGAGCAAGUCCGUGUAUCCAAACGAAUGCAAAGGUUUCUAGAAGGUUCAUUGACCGUUAAGAAACCAGACGAACAAAACGAGCCAUCAAGUGAUGCAAUCCGCCUUUCAGAUAGUGAUGAUCAUGGUAAAGCAGAUAACAGCAUCGAGAACUAUUUAUCCAAUGAGAUCGAUUCCAUAGUAGUCACAUGCACCCAACGCGGGGAGUUCCCAAAUGACAUAAAUGCCCCUAAAGCUUCUGUAAAACCCGUUGCACCAUCGAAGCGCAAGUUACAAGCCGAAGAAGCACACGACCUUUUGUACUCCAGCAACAUUUCUUUUCAGAUAUCCGCUGCUUUAAAACGAGGCAACAAGACUAUCCAAAAAGACAACCAAAGCAUCGACCCGAACCCGAAACUGAUCGCGGAAAUGCUAUCAGGGCAUUUAAGUAAUUUAACACCACCUCUCCAUUUGUCUGUGAAAGCUUGCAACGGACAUAUAAACUUCUAUUCCACCGAGAUACAACCACCACACACGGAAUCAAUAACCGGAAAGCCUUCUUCGGUUUGUAAAGACUCUUCUUCCACCAGUGGCACCAAGGGUAUUUCUGUAAAUAAACAGAGUCUUGAGAUCCGUUUAAAAAGAUCCGGGUUUGACCCGGAAGAGUACGCGCUAUACAGGAGAUACCAAAUUAAAGUGCAUAACGACACACCGGAUCACGUGACUGAAAGCUCUUACAAACGGUUUUUGGUGGACAGUCCUUUGAUUUUUGUCCCCACAAAUGGUGAUGUCAGUGUUCCACCUUGUGGAUUCGGUUCUUUUCAUCAACAGUAUUUGAUUAAUGGGAAGCUGAUUGCAGUUGGUGUGAUUGAUAUUCUUCCUAAAUGUUUAUCCAGUAAAUAUUUGUUUUGGGAUCCGGAUCUUGCCUCUUUGUCACUGGGUAAAUACUCGGCAUUACAAGAAAUAAAUUGGGUGAGAGAGAAUGAAAAACAUUGUUCUAGCUUGCAGUAUUAUUAUCUUGGCUAUUAUAUUCACUCUUGUAGCAAGAUGAGAUACAAAGCAGCUUAUCGCCCAUCUGAGCUUCUCUGUCCUCUUCGUUAUCAGUGGGUUUCUUUUGAUAUUGCAAAGAGGUUGCUUGAUAGAAAGGCGUAUGUUGUGUUGUCUGAUUAUGCUAACUUGCUAGAUGAGGGAGAUAUGUCAGCUAAUAAUAAUAAUAAUAAUAAGAAGAAUGUGGUGGAAGAUCAAACUCAAAGAGGUGAAGAGGAAGAAGAAGAUGAGCGAUUUGGAGAAGGAUCAAAUGAUGUUCGUAUGGAUGGGGAUGAAGAAAUGUCUGAAGUUGCUUUUGAUGAGUCUGAUGAGUCUGAUGACGAUGAUGGAACAGGUAGUCUGACGCCUGUAGAAAUGCAAAAAGAUGUGAGUAAUAUUGUUAUUGGUUUGAAGGGAAUGCAUCUGAAAUACAAGGACAUACGACAAGCUUUUGGAGCGAAUGAAAGAAAUUAUCUGGAAAAUCAGUUGCAUAAAUACGCGACGGUUGUGGGUACGGAUCUGUCUGAGAGAAUGAUUUAUUCGCUUGGUUGAUGCAUAUUCAGAAAUCAUCAGAAGCAAGUAAGGUUGAAAUGCUUUUCAGAACAAGAGCUCCUACUUUCAUAUCAUUUGUUAAAAAAAAAAAAAAAGAAAA